AAUGAACUGAAUUUGAGUAAUAGUAACUCUAGAGACCCGUGGAUUCGAUAUUUAUUACCUGUGCCACUAUACUGGAGUCCCUUUCAUUGGUUACACUUGGCCAUUGUUAGGUGUUGUGUUUUAGCGUGUCAAGUUUUUGGCGCCGUUGCCGGGGACUUUCUAGAGUAUUAGGAAAUGCAGAAGUUUGUUACUUUAGCGCUUUUCUUUUCUUUUCCACCCUUGCUUUUCACUUGGGUGUUUUUGUUUUUGUUAGUGCAUAUCUGAAUCAUGGAUCCUAAUGGCUUCUCCAAUCAUUGGGGGUAUCCACCACCAUCCGGGUGGUAUUACCCCGCGACUCCCUACAGCAAUCAAGGAGGAGAAGACUAUGGAUUCGGGUUCCAGUACCAACCCCCUUACUACGGAGAACAAUCAGACCCCUGGGCAUAUCAAGAACAACCUGAUUACCAAGAAGACUUUCUCCCACAACCAGAAGGGCCAUCGGAGCUGGAGUUACCCAUGGCGGCCUUCACGGGCCACUCUGCAGAGCCAUGCUACACUUCACUGGAGGAUCCGAACGAACAAUUAAGGCUUCUCGUGGAGCAGUUUGCUCGAGACACUGAGAAAUCAUGCUCCAAGAUGGAUCUUCAAAUCAAAGCCCUUGCCACUUCCGAUCCCUCAUUUCUCCAUGAUAUGGAGGAGACUGUUCAGCGCUCAGCGAAGCAAACAGAGUGGGUGAAGCAAUUUUGCUCACAUCAUGCUCAAGAUCACCUUUCUGCUACCACGCUAGAAGAGGUGGAGGAUGACAAAGGCUAUGGGAGCGUUGAGGAGCAUACGGAAGUUAUCACAGAGAACUCCCAUGAUAACCAUGAUCAGGAAAGUCCUUUGGUUGCAGACCACACCUUUCCUCAUUUAUGCUCUAACAUGCUGGGCCCGUGCGAGGAGAUGCAAGAUGAUCCCAUUGAAGAAAUUGCUUGGCGACUUGCUCUCCAAUCUGUUCUAGAAGAAGAAGAGCGAGCAAGGAUGAGGAAGGAAGUUGUGGAUGAUGAGGAAGAAAGAAAAGAAGAGGUGGUUCUUGAUCUUUUCCCAGGGGAGAGACCACAUUUUGAAGAAGGAAGGGGGGUUGAGGAAGCAAUUGGCGUCCAGGCUGAGGAUGAAGUUGAGGUGGAAGAGGCAUGCACCGGCCAUGAGUUGCAAGUAAUAUCCCCACCAAACUUUGAGGAACUGCUUGGCAAGGACCCAUUUGCAGUGUCUCUUUGCCAGACCAAGGCCACAUCGACAUCGGUCCCUCUUGGUGGACGCGAUGGUGGUCGGUCGAUGUUGUCAUAUCUGGUUUGGGGCAAUGAGACGAGAGAAGAGAAGAAGAGGUCUCGAGGGUGGAGACUUCAUCUGCAUCAAGUACAUGAGCCUUCAUCACCUGCCACACCACAUGCUCGUGACUUGAGACUCCACCUCAUCGACGAGAACCUCAACUUCAAGGAGGUUCUAGCAUGGACCGAAACUUAGGAGCCAUCGUCCGGCUCACGACAUGAAAGAAGAGCUUGUUGGGAGGCAACCCAACCAGUCGGUUUGCAUUUCUUUCUCUAUUUCUCCUCGGUUGAGUCAGUUUUUUUAUUUGAUUUUAGAGUCAAUAACUCAACCUUUGUCAGAUUUUGUGUGGUGUUUGCGUUCUGAUUACUCUCUCUUCCUGGAAUGCACCGCCUGACCCGUCCAUCAUCAUUCACCCUUGAUCUGGUAACUUCGUUCUACCCUCCUUAUCUUUCCUCCAUUGAGGACAUUGUCGUGCUUAAGUGUGGGGGGAUGUUCGAUUAUGUAUGCGGGUGAAUGUUUGGCUGUUUGUGUGCUUGGAGCCUAGUCCACUGUCCAAAUUUUUAAAUUUGAGGGCUCCAAGUACGUGUUCCUUGCAAAUUGCCUGCUCAGUAUGCUUUGAAUUGACAGUCUCUAUAGUAAUGUGCAACCUAGGGAGGUAGUGUAGCACUAUGGAGGAUGUUGAAGUAUAAGAUUUUUCCUAUCUAGCUCUCUGUUGUGUCAGUUGAUUUUGUGAAUUAGUGGAGCUAAGACCAUUGAAUUCAUGUGGUAAUGGUGACUCUGUUUGGAUUGUGUUAUGGACUCGUGUAUCGAACAGGGUGCUCAUGUGGAAAAUGGGAAGCGGUUGGUCCUCCAUGUCAAAAUCAUUAAAUCUUAAACAUGGGG